CACAAAUCUUUUUCCUUCUUUCUCCAAAUUUCUCUUUCUCGCCAUCAAACCAGCCCAUCCGGGUACCAUUGGUGCCAUAAUUGGUGCCAUCCCUCCAUCCCUCCUCUCACCCUCUCUCUCUUCUCUCUCGCUUGCUGCUAUUCCGGCUGCCCGCAUUUUUUCCCUCAUCUUUCACCCAUUUCCUCUUCACCGUCGCCCUCUAUUCACUCUUCCUCUCCAAAUUUUCUUCCCUCUCCACUCCCGCUUCCCGACUGCUCCCUACCCCCCAGCGCAGAAGCACACCACCUGCGAUUACUACUGCCUACUGCCACUUUCCGCCUUCGCCAUCCUACAUCCGUCUUCUUCCUACUGCUCCUCUCAUCCAGCAUCUUCGGUCUCUUGACCAUUCUCCUCUCUUCCCCAUUUCUCGAAGUUCCGCCCUCGCAAAACCCCCAGACACCGCAGUCACCGCAGAAGCGCCACCUGCCGCGCCGCAGUCUUGACUGACUACCUACCACGCGAAGACUCUUCUGUUCACGCCUUACCACUCUGCUGGUGUUCAGAGGAAUUGACUUGUUAUAAAUCACAAAAUGUCGAAGUCCAAUUUAUAACAGCGGCGGUCCCUGUGGGCCAAAUCAAUAUCUUUUUCCCGCCAGCAAAACAGUGCCAGCCGGCCACUGGUGUUGGUAGCGUUCUUGCCUGAACUCGAUCGCCAUCUGUGUUGGGCUGUGGGAAAACUUCCUGCAAUCUCCUUCAUUCCUCUACAUUACCUUUGUCUGUCCUGGCUGCAGUCCAGAUGGCACAUCACCAGAAGCACCAGAUGGACGCCACCCGAAGAAAUUCAGCCAUGCAGAGUCUACUCAAGAUGUUUAAUCUAUCAAACGCCCCCACACUUCCCCUCGGUGACGACGAGCUCAGUGCGGACGCCGACGAACCGCCGGACGACCAGGUAUCCCCACUGACCAUCGUCCCCACGCGAGAGGCUCUCUACCACCGAUCCAACGCUCCUCCGAACACUCGCCGCGAGUCUCUCCUGACUCGUGCCAUCCGGGCAGAGUCCAAUCACGAAGAUGAUACGCAUAAAUUGGCCGAUCGUGGAUUGUCAACGACGUCCUCUCACAGCACGGCGAGCAUGCCCUCGACCGCGGAGUUGACGAGUGACGGGGACACCAGCCAGUCGCGGUCAGCGACACCCAGUCCACCACCCCCGUCGGGACGUUUCGGCCCACUCCUCAAUCUCAAGAAAACAAGUCCCAAAGUGGUCAUUGCCCCGAUAACGAAGGACGAAAGGGUAGCAGUGGCAGAAGUCGGCGAAGCAGCGGUUGAGAAGACACUGGGCCGAAAACGUUGCAUCAUGUUUGCUUGCGGAGGCACAGAUUCCGAGAAGAGCAAAGACAGCGUGAAAGUGAGCAAGCAAAAGCCAUUGACCGAGCAACCUGAGGCUCCCAAGCGGAAGUGUGCAAUCACCUUUGCUUGCCCCUCGCGAACAAGCACAAACGAGCCAAAAAGCUCUCCCGCCAAGUUACGAGCUGAAUCAAAGAUCACACGUCGCCCAUCUCCCGCCCCCUUCCGGCGCAAGUCCACUUCGGAUUCUGUCGACCUCACCGGUCACUCUACCGAUACGGCCAGGGUAGUUAGUCCCGAGAAAGCGAGACCUACCCCACCCUCUCCGAAGGCGACCUUUCAUGAAUUCGCCGCAUCUCAGGAUGAGACCGACUCAUGGGUGGACAAGCCCGAGGUUCAUAAGGAGAAGCUCACCCUUGAUGAUUGCAUGAAAAAGGAAAACCGCAUCCGGCAAAUCGGUCGCGAAGCGGAAGAGGAGGCGGAGGAAGAGGAACGAGAACAGGAGGAGCUUGAGAACGCAUCUGAGGAUGAGUACAAUGACAAUGAAGACGACUUCGCCCCAUCCGAUGACGGCUCCGACGGUGGCAAUGAAUCGGACGACGAAGGAGGAUUUGCCAGCUCUGAUGAAGAAAGCGAUGGCGGCUCUGAGUAUAGAUUCUGGGCGCCUUCCAACACCGGUGUGGCCACGAACAGCGAGCAUCUGAACAUCAGUCAUUUUAGCGCACGACGACAGUCUGAGGCCAGUUCUGUCGAGUCCUUGAUCCGGUCCAGCACGCCGCCCAUCCAUUCAAUGAUGAAGCAAGCUGGAAGACGUCGCAACAAUGCCUUGAAGGUGUCGAGGAUGAGACCUGGCACACCGGAGCUGCCCGAUAGCACCGACUUUGUUUGUGGAACGCUUGAUGAGGAUCGUCCCUUGGAGGCCGCGUAUAUCUCUUGCCGCGAGCAGAAGAAGCGAGAGAAGCACAUCCCCAUCCCACAGGAUAUUGAUCCCAGCUUCCCAACGACUGAUCCGGAAGACAACGAAGAAAACAGCGACGAAGAAGAGCUCGACGAGUCGCAGGAAAGUUCGGACGGUCCACGGUGGCUGAAGGAUGGAUUUGCCGAUUUUGACGAGGAGCAUCGUGGACGCCGGAAGCCGUCGUUCACCAUGCCGAUUGCUCAUUCGCCCUCUCCACCUCGUACUGCGUUCGGCGGAAGAGUCGGUCGCUGCACUCUCCGCUCGCCACCUCCUAGGCACGCGGUUGCACGGUCACCGCCGCCCCGGAAAUUGUUUGGGCAUUCUCCCACCAGACUCAGGUCACCUUUCCCGUUAGCUAAGUUGCGUUCCCCUCGAGGCUCGCCGACCAACGCCGGUAUCCCGACCAGGAUCAAUCGGAAUCCAAGAGGACUCGCUCAACGCCCGACAAUGGAGCGGACAGCGUCGCUUCCAGACACUCCUAAUCCAUUCUUCAAAAACUUCCAUAUUGGCAGUCCUUCCAUCUCCAAUAUUGCAUCGGGAGCUGUCACACCGGCUGUUGAAGAGCCGCCACGUCCGGACAUGCACGUUCGUGGGCCAGUCGACAUUGUCGCCGGGCUUGAAAAGAAACGCCAGAAGCGCAAAGAAAAAUAUUGGCGCCAGCAUUGUCGUAAAGCGGCCAAGGAACAAGCUGAACGCAAACCGGUUCCGGGUCGUGGAGCGGAAAGGAUGAAGGAGCUUGGUCUCGAAUGUGCUGAGCGGACCAAAGGCUACGGCAUCGGACAGCAGACCCAGCUGGUGCUUUCACUUUGAUUCCCUUUACAAACCUUUACACAUAUACUGUUUUAUUUGUCGACCACUUCUACUCGGGCUUACUUGAGCCUCUUUGAACAUAUAUCGAUGCCUGUUUGCGCUCGAGUAUGACGAACUUUAUGACGGGUCUGGGUGGGAGCGACAUGGGUCAUUACACAGCCUGCAUACCAUUUUUCACACGAUGACGGUUUUGGGAUUCAGAGGGCCUUUAUGCAUAGCACUGGCGUCUGUCGCGGGAGGCGAAUCUUUGCGUUGUAAAUAUAUGACAUGACCAUCAGCAUGGUCCCCAGAUAUCAGAAUAGCUCUCUCGAGUGGCAGACUCGAUUGUAGAGCGUGAUAUGCACAAAGCAGUAUUCUUG